AUGCUCACUUCUCACAACGUCUGUUCAAUACCCAGCGCCUUCCAGCUCACCAGCAUCCCAGGGCUAGAGUCCCUGCAUAUGUGGCUUUCCAUCCCCUUUGGCUCCAUGUACCUGGUUGCUGUGGUGGGGAAUGUCACCAUUUUGGCUGUGGUAAAGGUGGAGCAUAGGCUGCACCAGCCCAUGUACUUCUUCCUGUGUAUGUUGGCUGUCAUCGACCUGGUUCUGUCCACUUCUACUAUGCCCAAACUGCUGGGAAUCUUCUGGUUUGAUGCUGGGGACAUUGGCCUGGAUGCCUGCCUGGCCCAAAUGUUCCUCAUCCACUGCUUUGCCACAGUCGAAUCAGGCACCUUCCUUGCCAUGGCUUUUGACUGCUAUGUAGCCAUCUGCAACCCACUCCGUCAUACCACAGUGCUCCCUCAUGCUGUGGUGGGACGUCUGGGGCUCGCUGCCCUCCUCUGGGGUGUACUGUACAUCGGACCUCUGCCUUUGAUGAUCCGCCAGCGGCUACCCCUUUACAAAGCUCAUGUCAUCUCCCACUCCUACUGUGAGCACAUGGCCGUGGUCACCUUGGCAUGUGGUGACAACAGGGUCAACAAUGUCUAUGGGCUGAGCAUUGGCUUUCUGGUCCUGAUCCUGGACUCCAUGGCCAUCACUGCCUCUUACGGGAUGAUUUUCCGGGCUGUGAUGGGACUGGCCAUACCUGAGGCCCAGCUUAAAACCCUGGGGACAUGUGGUUCUCACAUCUGUGCCUUUCUGAUCGUUUACGUUCCUAUUGCCGUUUCUUCUCUCAUUCAUCGAUUUGGUCACCAGGUGCCUCCUCCAAUCCACACUCUACUGGCCAACUUCUACCUCCUCAUUCCUCCAAUCCUCAAUCCCAUUGUCUACGCUGUCCGUACCAAGCAGAUCUGUGAGCGGCUUCUCCAAAUCCUAAAGAUAGAAACUAAGACCAAAUGA